AUGUAUGACGAAAAAUGUAAGUCUAAUUUUGGCUUCUUCAAAGAUCCUAAAGACACAAAAAAUCAUCCAUUUCAAAUUGUUUCUUUUAUUACGCGUGAUGCAUUACGGAGUAACACGAUUCUACGGUUUUCAGAAAAAACGGAGCUGUUUUGUUUAUAUCAUUCUUACCGAUUUACUUUUGUCGUUGACUUUAGUUGGUCGACUUUGUGUUCAAGUGCAGAUGGAACCUGUUAUGUAAACAGUAUUGUAAAAACAAUCAACCAAAUUUUCUACAUCCUCUCUGAACCCAGCUCUUAUAGUUUUCCCGGGACUGGUUACAAGUUGUCCAACUUUACAGUUUUUUGUUCCGUGAUCGUUGUUGUUCCUAACUCAAAGUGCUAUACAUUAUUGUCUGGUUGGGUUGUUAACACUAAAGAGAUUCCCAAUAAAAUAGCAUAUAUUUCUCGUUCGCUUGUGAAACUUGAGCGUAAGUUUUUGGAAGACAUUAAAAAUAAGCGUGAUGACUCGAAAUAUACAGGGAGACGAUAUGUUUUCUUAUCGGACCUACUUAGACAUGGGGCUUUAUCUGUGUCAUUACUGACUCCUAUUUCAGGACCUGCCACAAUCUUAUUUUUCACACACGGCUGUUUUGCAACAUCUGAUUUUGGUGUUCCAGAAUUAGUUAUGUCUCAUUUAAACGUAGAACAUGUUCGAUGUGUUUUUAUUUUGAUGACAGACAAUAUUGUCCCUGACGUCCACAAACCAUAUAUUCCUCAUAAUAUGUCUAAACAAUCUUCUCUCAUGACUGCGGGUAUUCAGCAAGUGGAGUUGUGCAGUGUCUUAGCCAGUAACACUGAUGGAUUCGUUUUCAAUAUCCCGGAUGAAUCUCAGCAUUUAGCGGUUCAGAUGAACUGGUGGAAUAAAUUGGCCGAAUCUUUGUUAGCCAUUCCCAUAUUUCGUCAUAGCGAAUAUACAUGUUAUAGUGAUUUUAACCGUGACUCCCGAGUCAUCCUCAAAGCAGGUUCAAAAAUUGUAGAAUUGCCUCCACAUAUUUUGUUAACAACAAGAUUAAAAAGUGGAUUCCGGCUUAAAUCUAUCUCACUAACUAAAAAUUCACUGUUCCAAAAAGCCAUUUAA